AUGGACAAGAACCAGAAUGAGGGUUGCAAAACCUUGCCUUCAUCUGAGGAGGCCACGGAGCCCCAAGAUCUUAUUGAGACAGCCAAGGAUCUUAUAAAGCGGAGCGGGAAGCUGUGCGAUGAGCUUGGACACUUGCGUCAUGCCGUCGAGGCGCAGGCUAUGAAAGUGAACAAUCACUGGCACGCCUAUAUCCCCGGUUUCAGUACCUUCUGGCAAACCAACAUGAACCAGCAUCACCGUGCCCAGUCUCUAUUGCAGCGAUGCCAGGAGCCAACCGAACCUGGCUCAGAAGCAGAGGGCUCCUUGUUCCGAGACUUCAGGCUUCUAGAAGGAGAGCUGUCGUCUCACGAGAACCACUGGUUAGCGAUCGAGAAGUGCCGAUCAGUCACUUGGUUCCGGUUCGCUGUGCCUUACUCGAAGCAAGGCGCCCAGAGCUCGGUCUUCGUCAGCGCCAUUGUCGAAAACGGGCAUGAGUGGAUGAGAGUCCUUAGCACGACCGAGCGAGCUCUUUUAGUACAGAUGGCCGAGGCAGAUUUCCCCUGGGAUGACCCCGACGACGAGGACGGCGACCCAGAACUGGCGGAGGUCCUCGACGAUGACGAAACUCAGAUCGAGGUCUUGAGGUGUUCGAAGCAGCUUUUGGCGGCAGCUCACGAGAUCCAUGGCGGAUACCGUCACCGGAUACGCAUCGUUCUUCCUAACAUUUAUCGCGGCAGGGUCCCCGCUAUAGACAGGUUCUUGAAAGGCAUUGAAAGUCUGGGUGACGAGGCGAUCUCGCUGGGCUUGGAAUGUGCCGAUGAGAGCCAGGCUCCGCCUCCACCCCUCGAGACCGCCAUUUCUAACCUGCUUAGCCUUGGAAACGACGCAAACACGCCACCAUUAACUUCUGUUCUCAACAUCGACACCUCCAUCUUUGUUGCUUUGACCACGGACAUAUCUCACAACCACAGCUCGCAAAGAAAAUGGCGCCCCAAGAUUCUGGAAGACGUGGCGGAUGAGGCAGAGCACGGACCUAGACUACCCAAGUCCCUGUAUCCCGUUCUCCGUGGCCACACGCUCGUCUGUACCCGGGAGGCUGCAGAGACAUGUCUUCGAAUGGUGUACGACGCUUCUACAGAAUCGGAGGUCGCCAGGGUAGAAAUCCUCUUGGGACAGGAGUCUCUCAGGGGGAAACAAGACGACAAAGCGACCUUCCUCCAACGAGUUCUAAGACAGGACGGGUGGCCACCGGAGGAAAAGAAUGACGAGUCAACUGAGAGACGGCGCCAAGGCCUACUUGCCGAGUUGCAGAAGCUCUCUUGCCACAAAAUACCGGACGAUUUGCAGCUGCCGAUUCGCAUCGUGGAGGAUUUCCGCAGGGAGCACGUUGAAGAAGAGGUACACAAGGGAACACUGCCAAAGGUGGUCCUGGCGGUGGAGCCAACCCUCAACGAGACGAAUUGCUCAUCAUUCUUGUUCGGCUGGAAGACGGGCCACACGACCAUCACCUGUAACCGUCACGCCGUAAGACGAUUGGGGAAUCUCGUCAAGAAGUUGCGAUGGUCUCGGAACGCUGAAACGGCCCCAAUCAUUGCCCUCGACUGGGCGCGUGGUUUAGCCAAAAUCCCGUUCCCUGGAGAGGUAUUGGUAGAUGGCCCGCUGAAGUCGGAAUCGCAAUAA